UGCCUUUACAGAUCACGCUCGCCUCCCUCUCUCUGUGUGUUCCUUUUCAAAAUCCUUAAUAACAGUUACCAUUUCUUCUUUGAUGAGUUAAAAAUGGCAGAAGAAGAAGAAUACCCUGACGUAGAGCUCAGUGACAAGCAAAAGAAAGAGAUCGCCAAAUGGUUCCUUCUCAACGCUCCCGCCGGUGAAAUCCAAUACAUCGCUAAAGAUUUGAAAUCGGUUUUGAAUGACGAUACAGUUUAUAACGAAGCGGCUGAAGAGGCAUUCCCUUCCUACAACAAAUCUCACUUGAUUUGCCUCUUAUUACCUAAUAGAAGCGGAGAUUUGCUGGUUACAGCUUAUAAUGAGCUUGAUAAAAAUGAGUAUCUUGAUCCUAGAACUGCUCAGGUUGCAACUGUUGACCAUGUUAAGCAAGUUUGUACAGACGUAAGACCUGCAACUGAUGAGGAACUUCCUUCGCCUUAUGUUGAGGAAUACCGUUAUAUUCUGGAUGCUGAAAUACUCAAAUAUGUUGCUGAAGCUUAUCCAAAGGGAGUGUGUGCUGUGUACUGUACUAAUGGCAAAGAUUUGGAGGGACCAGGAUCUGAAUUUGAGCUUGUGGUGGUGAUUUCCGCUGUUAAACAGAGCCCAAAGAAUUUCUGCAACGGAAGUUGGCGCUCAGUAUGGAACAUCGAGUUCAAGGAUGAUGUACAAAUGCUGGGAAUAAAAGGCAAGAUACAGGUAGCAGCUCAUUAUUUUGAAGAGGGAAAUGUUCAGUUGGAUGCAAAACAUGAAUGCAAAGACGAAACAAUUUUCCAGGCCCCAGAUGAUUGUGCAUUAUCCGUGGCCAACAUUAUUCGCCACCAUGAGGCAGAAUACCUAGCAUCCCUUGAGGCUUCCUAUUCAAAUCUGCCAGAUACCACCUUCAAGGAUCUGCGGAGGAAACUUCCAGUUACUCGCACCCUGUUCCCAUGGCAUAACACUAUGCAAUUCAGUCUGACAAGAGAUAUCCAAAAGGAACUGGGACUUGAAAAAUGAGUGAUACAGCAUUUAAAAUAUAUAACUCAAUGACCAUAAAGUUGCAUGAGAUUUCACAUAUCAGUCCAUUUGUAACUUAAGACCGACGUGAAUUGGAAAGCGAGUAAUAGUUUGACAAGAGUACACACUGCAUUGCCUGAUUUGUAAAAGAGAUGGUGAGACCGUGACAUAUUGGUCCGUUUGUGCACCGGGCAUAAAUUCUUCAGAGUUAUUUGCUUUAGGUGUUCCUAUUGUUACCUGUCCUUUGAUUAUAGUCAUUUUGCUUCUUGCCGUGUAAUCGUUCUUUCCCCUCAGAGUUCCUCUCAGUUUUGGUUUGUACCAUGUAGGCCUGUACUAUUCCUUCAAGUCAUGUAUAGCCGUGUUGUUAAUGAUAAAUUUUCUUUCUUCUUGUGGUAUUAUAUGGAAAA